GAACGGGAGAGGAUCCGCCAUUAUUGGGAAGCUGAGAAAGCCCGCACUUACGCACGCACACACGCUCAGGCGCACACACACACACACACACACACACUCUCCGCCAGAUAUGACUGUGCUGUGCGUUGCGUCAGCUCGCGGCUGAUUUCCGCGCAGAAAGACGUAAAAGAAAGACGUGAAAGAAAGACGUGCAGUCUGUGGCUGUAGAGUUUGAGUGCAGAGUCGGACAGAGGCGCUGAGGAGAGGACGCGGGGAAGUCGGGAUGAUUUCUGGGGCACCAACAAAGGAAAUAAGAAGAAGUGGUGAAAAGAGCGUGCUGGACGCAGGGAACACACACACACACACACACACACACACACACACACAACCCGAUACCAGUCUCUCUCCCUCUCUCUCUCUCUCUCCCUCUCCCUCCUUCUCGACGCCCCCCUCCUCCUUUCCCAGCAGAAACACAGGGAGAGAUCCGGACAUUCCGGCUUGUUUUUCUUCCCUCUUUGAUUCGCCUGUUUCUGUUUCACUAGCAAUAAGAGCAACACGGGCACUAAACCGCGCAGAAAACUUUCUUUCAUGGAUUGAGAAUUGUGAGAAGAGUAUUGUGAGACGGACAGCUCGAAAAAAAAGGGGGAGAUAAUGAAAUUAAUGUGACUAGAAGAGCAGAAGUGUGGUAUCUGGUGUUACUGAACCUAAAGGAGAGAAAGAGGAGUGAACGAAGAGAGCAGAGGAGAAGAGAGGACAGACAGGAAUGCUGUGACUCCAGCAGCUCAUUUCCAGUUUCUUGCCAGGACAAACAGGAAGCAUAAUCAUUUGGAGGCUUUUACUGCUGUAUGAGUGGCCACUGAUAUUUAACUAACAGGCAUAUAUUCAAGGUGAACAAACCCAAGACCUUGGUUGUGUUACCGAGCCCUUGAGAAGAGAUGGGCUGGGAUAGUUCUGCCUCUAUCACACCUUUCUAGAUUCACAUUGGACCUUCUCCCCUUCCUCCCAAAUCCCCAACCACCCACAGGCGCCUUAUGAAUUUUGGGGUUUUUCUGCUAAGUGCACAAAUGACUCUGUAUUUAAGAUUUGGCCAUUAAGAGUAUUGAAUACACUGUCCCCAACCUUUUUUGAGUCCUGGAUGUGCUUGGAUGGAAUAGCAACCCAGUAGCUUUCCAACUAGAGCUUCUGGGAAUGGCAAGAUGAGUGGUUUCAGUCGAUAAUGAUGGCAAAAAAACAAGAUGCCCGGGCACCAACCUACAACCUGGUUGUAGUAGGUUUGUCCGGGACUGAGAAAGAGAAAGGGCAGUGUGGGGUAGGGAAGUCCUGUCUUUGUAAUCGCUUUGUACGCCCCAGUGCUGAUGAUUUUUAUUUGGACCACACCUCUGUUCUGAGCACUAGUGACUUUGGUGGUCGUGUGGUUAACAAUGACCACUUUUUGUUCUGGGGUGAGGCAUCACGAUCACUGGAGGAGGGACCUGAAUGCCGAAUGCAUGUGGUGGAGCAGACGGAGUUCAUUGAUGACCAGACUUUUCAGCCACAUCGAAGCACUGCACUGCAGCCUUACAUUAAGAGGGCAGCUUCCACCAAACUGGCCUCUGCUGAAAAGCUCAUGUAUUUCUGUACUGAUCAGCUGGGUCUUGAACAGGACUUUGAGCAAAAACAAAUGCCUGAAGGAAAGCUUCUUGUUGAUGGGUUCCUUCUUUGUGUUGAUGUAAGCAGGGGAAUGAACCGUAAUUUUGAUGACCAGAUGAAGUUUGUUUCCAACUUGUACAACCAGUUAGCAAAGACUAAGAAACCAGUUGUGCUUGUAUUGACCAAGUGUGAUGAGGGAGUUGAGCGAUAUAUUAAGGACUCUCACACCUUUGCUCUAGCCAAGAAAAAUCUGCAGGUAGUUGAGACUUCAGCACGCUCUAAUGUCAAUGUUGACCUUGCCUUCCUCACCCUAGUGCAGCUGAUAGAUAAGAGUCGAGGAAAACCGAAGAUCAUCCCCUACUUUGAGGCUCUGAAGCAGCAGAGUCAGCAGAUAGCAUCUGCUAAGGACCGCUAUGAGUGGCUUGUCAGUUGCAUUGUGAAGAACCACAAUGAAACAUGGCCCAACAUCAACCGCAGAAUGCAGACUUCCCCUGAAUACAAAGAAUAUGUCUUCCUCGAGGGUACUUCCAAAGCCAAGAAAUUAUUUCAGCAACAUGUGCACAGGCUCAAACAGGAACACAUAGAAAAACGGCGCAAAGUUUAUCUUAGUACACUUCCACAGGCUCUGUGUACUUUGGUACCGGAUUUAGAUGAGAUUGAUCACUUGAGCUGGUCAGGGGUACAGAAGGUUCUGGAGACAAAGCGUGGGUUCUCACAGUGGUUUGUUAUACUAGAUGACACACCAUGGGAAACUACUCCACAUAUAGAUAACAUGGAAGAUGAGCGCAUACCCCAGGAUCUUUUGGAAACCCCAGCUGCAGAAGACAUCUAUGAAAGUCAUUUAGAGCACCUGAGAAAUGAGAGAAAACGAGCAGAAAUUCGUCGAGAAUUCAAAGAGAAACUGGUUGCGUCACCAUUUGUUACUCCUGGCAAGCCUUGGGAGGAGGCCCGCAGCUUUAUAAUGAAUGAGGAGUUUUACCAUUGGCUGGAGGAACCAGAGUAUCUAGAUAUCUACAACAAGCAUCAGAAGGAGAUUAUUGACCAAGCCAAAGAGGACUUCCAGGAGCUUUUGCUGGAGUACUCUGAGCUGUUCUAUGAGCUUGAGGUGGAUGCUAAACCCAGUAAAGAAAAAAUGGGUGCUAUUCAAGAGGUUCUUGGAGAGGAACAGAGAUUUAAGGCUCUCCAGAAACUUCAAGCAGAGAGGGAUGCUCUAGUACUCAAGCAUAUCCAUUUUGUGUACCACCCAACAAAGGAGACCUGCCCUAAUAGUCCUUAUUGUGUGGACAGCAAGAUUGAGCAAAUCUUAGCCACAAGAUUUCCUACUCGAUAUGCAUUUGAUGGCACCUUAAAGUCCCUGUAUGGUGAGGGAAAAGUAGAUAGGAUUAAUCUUGUAAUCCUUGGAAAAGAUGGACUUGCAAGAGAGUUAGCCAAUGAGAUCAGAGCAAUGUGCACCAGUGACGACCGAUAUACACUGGAUGGAAAAACAUACGAGCUGGCUCUGCGGCCUAUAGAAGGCAACGUACGUUUACCAGUUAACUCUUUUCACACACCUACUUUUACACCACAUGGAUGCCUCUGUCUCUACAACUCUAAAGAAUCAUUGUCCUAUGUUGUUGAAAGCAUUGAGAAGCUUCGAGAAUCAACCAUUGGUCGAAGGGAUAACAGCUUAGCACAGCUCCCCAUGUCACUCCUACUGAUCACCAAGAGAGGAGUAGGAUCAGUUGGGGAUAUUGGGGGAGAAACUGCCCAAAGUUUAAUAAUUCAAGGGCAACAGGUUGCUGGAAAGCUGCAAUGCACUUACUUGGAUCCUGCUUCCCCAGGUGCAGGCUAUGCACGCAAUCUAAAUGAAAAGCAGAUCAACCAAGUCCUAAAAAGCCUCUUGGAUGUACAGAGACCCUCUUGCAGUCUUGGAAGUAGCUCACCUCCUUUGCAGACUCCACGUGCCCGUUUUAGAGACUCUCAUGCUCAACAGACUUCAGAGGCUGAUUUACAUGUUGUAAUGUGCAUCAUGUGUGGAGACAGUUAUGAUGUAGACCAACUUUUAUCACCAUUCUUACAUUCUCAGCACUGUAGACCCUCCGCCAACCUAUCUAGUGGCACAUCAGUGUUAUUGGACCUUACUAUUGGUGGCCAAAGGCAAACCAUUAACCUAGCUGUGCUAUCGUAUCAUUCUACCUUUUCUUUACGCAAGAGCCGUUUAGUGCAUGGAUACAUUGCAGUAUACUCAGCAAAACGCAAAGCUUCCAUGGAAACACUUUGCGCCUUCCUUUGUGAAGUGCAAGACAUUAUUCCUGUGCAGCUGCUGGCAGUUGGGGAGAGUCAAGCAGAGCUAACAGAAUCUGAGGUAGCCCGUGAUCAACUGGCUGAAGGGGAGGAGUUGGCUCAUGAAAUUGAUUGCCGUUUCAGUUCUGUUGUCUGUGGAUCUGGUGGGGUAGUGGGUGGCUUGCAUCGAAUAGAUCUCUUCCAGCCCUUCUUAAAGGAGGUAGUUGAAAAAAGGACCAUUGUAGAGGCCACACAUAUGUAUGACAAUGUAGCAGAGGCCUGCAGUACCAAUGAGAGUGUCCAUUCACCUCGUUGCGGGUCACCAAGCAUCACCCUGCUGGACUCUGAAGAUGAUGUCGAGCCCUCACCACUUUACCCCAUCUGUAGAGACGAUAGCAAUUUGACUCAUGGCUUUAAGUUUUCUGACCUGGAAAGUAGCGAUACCUUCAGCGUCAUUUCUGAAAUCAGUACCUUUGAAAGCAAGCUUAACAACAAAGUUCCACCACAGGUGCGACCCAAGCCUACAGUUACAUUUGGGAAAGUUAGUCUCGGCUCCUACAUGGACCAUGGAGGUAACAGACGUUCAUUACCUUCAGUCACAUGGCCGCCAAGCAGUGAUGGUGGUUAUGAUCCUUCUGAUUAUUCUGAGCCAGUAGAUGCUGUACCUAAGCCCCGCCCCACAGAAGAGGAAAACAUUUACUCAGUCCCACAUGAUAGCACACAGGGUAAAAUCAUUACCAUUCGCAAUGCAAACAAGAGCCAUUCUAAUGGUGGAGGCAAUGGCUCAGACAGUGAAGCAGACAGCAGUUCACUAGAGCGCAGGCGCAAGCUGUCUACUGUUGGAGUUAAGCCACGAUUAUACCGUGAUCGCUCUAAACGAUUGGGCAAGUUCAGUAAUUUCCGCACAAGUUUCAUUGGCAGUGAUGAUGAGCUUGGAGGUCCACCCAAAACCAAAGAGGAUGAGAUGGGGAUACAGAAAGGGGACAAUUCUCUGAAUGAAGAGGGUGAGGACCCUAAGAGAAACAAAAUAUUGAGGAGUCUGCGCAGAACUGGCAAGAAAACAAGGCCAAAGCCUCGCCAGUCCAUUUCUAAACCACUGGAGAGUAACUACUUUGGUGUGCCGUUGGUCAACGUGGUCACACCCGAGCGUCCCAUCCCACUGUUCAUUGAGAAGUGUAUCCGUUACAUCGAAGCGACUGGUCUGAGCACAGAGGGAAUCUAUAGGGUGAGCGGCAACAAGGCUGAGAUGGAGAGCAUGCAGCGGCAAUUUGACCAAGAUUCCAACCUGGACCUGGUGGAAAAGGACUUCUCUGUGAACACUGUAGCCGGAGCCAUGAAGAGCUUCUUUUCUGAGCUGCCAGAACCUCUGGUGCCCUACAACAUGCAGGUGGAGCUGGGCGAGGCCUUUAAGAUCAACGAUCGAGAGCAGCGGUUCCUCGCCAUGAAGGACGUGCUGCGCAGGUUCCCCCGAGAAAACUACGAAGUCUUCAAAUACGUCAUCAGCCACCUGAACAAGGUUAGCCAGAACAGUCGUGUGAAUCUGAUGACCAGUGAUAAUCUAUCCAUCUGUUUCUGGCCCACACUGAUGCGGCCUGACUUCACCACCAUGGACGCGCUGACAGCAACGCGCACUUACCAGACAAUCAUCGAGACCUUCAUCUACCAGUGUGCUUUCUUCUUCUACAAUCAGCCCCCAGUCGACACCCCGAGUGGCCUGCCUGGGCUCCCAGGAUCCCCCACUGCCACCCUGUCCUCCACCACAUCCACGUCCGGCUCCGCCUACUCAUCCAGUUACACCGCGGCCCAGCAAGUAGCCACACCCUUCAGCCCGGCUCAGCAGUCCCCGCCCCAUUCUCCUCCCCCUACUCCACAGUCACCUAUCCAAAGUCUACUGCCUCCACUGCACCCACACCACGCACCAACGGAACAACACACGCUGUGAAGCAGAGAAGGAUGUAGAAAGAGAACGAAAGUGAAAGAGAAGUUCUGAAAUGGGGAAAGAGUUGAGGAAGUAGCAUUUACAGAGAUUACAUAAAUGGAGCUUGAUUCUUAGGGAAAAAAAUGAAUGAGAUUAAGGAAAUUGCACCUGCAGGUGAUAGAGAAUGCAAAGAGGGAAGAGAGAGUGUUAGACAUAGCGAGAAGGUCAAGCCACUUCAGCUGUGAGACACUCCAGUAACAUCUCAUCUUCCUCGUUAUAGAUCACUGCACUCUAUUUUCCCCUCAUAAUAGAAUUCAGAAGCAUACACACAUUCUUACAUAUAUACACAAACAAAUCUGAGAGCAUGCUCUCUUUUGGGUCAGCACACAACAGACAUGAUAGGAGGAGUGUGUGGCUGAAACCUGUUACCUGGCCCAUCCUGAGAGGUGAGUGAGUAGAAACAGACUUGGUAUGUGUGGGGUCUGAACUAAAAGAUAGAGAUCUGAACUAAACUCUCCACACAGUCAUUUAUCUGCUCUGCAUACCCUCUCAGGCCCUUGUCCUGAUGUCCAAUAGGAAUGAAGCUAAAUGUGGCAAGAAGCCAUCCUUAGCAUUCUCAGCAUUUUUGUUUUUUUACCUUUCAACCACUAUCACAUUUUUUUUUUUUUUUAAAAAAAAGACUUAUUCCAGCAAUUGAAGACACGACAACUCUGUUAGCCACAUUUCUUUUCCUCCCUGUCUGAAUGAGUCCUAUUUAAAAAGGAACACGUUUAAAGAAAACAGCCCGAACAAGAACUUGACAAACUGUAUCUGGUUUCAUUGGCAGUAGACUACAGUGAACUCUGGUACUUUUUUUGCACAGCAUUCUGGGAUUUGAAGUCUUCUCAGCAUUUCUGUUCAUCUCUCUGCCCUCACAAUGAGCCAGAAUCUCAAGAACAUGCUAGGAGACUUGUUUCAUUUCUGUUCUGGAAGAAAAAAAGAAAGUGUGUGUUUUUUUGAUUUGGAGUGUGUUUUCUUGAUGCGUCAGUCAGGGUUCAGUUGUGCUCGACUUUGAUAACGGAUCUCAAUGAGAUUCUUCUUUAGAACAGAGGUGGAAAGAUAAUGCACUAGUGAGCUGAAACGUUAAUGUGUAUGUGCGAUUAUGCGUUCAUGUGCGUGCCUGCCUGAAUGUACACUUUAUGCUUGUGAAAUAUAUCACAGUGAGAUUUUGGCAGCUUUCAAAAGUGUGUCCAGCGGAUUGGUUUUCGAUGGAGGAAAAAGAAAUGUGAAAGUUGUGUUUAGAAAUAAAUGGGUGGUGAUUUUGGUUCUCUGUUUGUUAACACUGAAAGGAAAGCUGCUUUGUCUAAAAAAAAAAAAAAAAAAACACACUUGCGUCACUCAGUCCAAACUCUGCUGCACUAUUCCAGUUAAGAGAUUUCCAGAAAGAUUUUGAAUUGACUGUUGCUUUGUGUCUGAAGGAGAGUAGAAAGAAAGAGCCUUAAAGGGAAGACCUGUGCCUGUUUUUUGGUAUGAAGUUUUCAUCUUUGUGCUCAUAUGUGGGUGUGCUACUGCCAUCUGCUGUGCCAACAAGGUACUGCACCUCAGACUAAGUCAGCCUUCAGUUUUUCUAUCGAACCUUAGACACAGAGUCCAUUCGGAUCCCUUUCCUUUCCCAUCAUCAAAGUGCUGGAUGCACUUUAAAUCACAGCUCCUAUUCACACAGCAUCACUAUAGAGAAAUCCUGAAGAACCUGGUUUCCUCAAUGAAAUUUCUCAGCACUUCAUAUUAUACUUUGUAUUCUCAGGUCGCCGCUGGGAUAAUGGCUCAUUAACUAUCGAUUCUUCCUAAUUGUCAACUGCAUUAAUGUUAUUGUCAUGUCUGAUGUAAUUCUGCAAAAAUCAUGAUGCUGAUGUACUCAACAGGCUGGGUUUUGGAAUUAAACAGGGAUUUUUAGGACUACAGAAGCAGACAUUUUUAAUCGACAUUUCUCAUAGUGUAGGUCUGUAAUGAGUCUUUCUGACCUGAACUGCCCACUACUUUUGCCCUGCCAGUCAAAGUCACAUUAAGCAUCUGAUUGGAUGUUGGAAAUCUCAACACGUUUUCUACCCACACUUGUAGCACGGCUCACACCUCAGCUAUUUUUCUUCUCUUUUCAGUUAACAUGGUAUUUUUUGGGAAAAUAGGGAGAAGGAUCCAUGCUCUCCUGGUACUUUGCAGUUGAUUGCUGUCAUGCCACAUUCUCAGUGUAAAUCAUAUGUCAAUGUCUCAAUACAGAGUUGAUCCUUAGCAGCCAAAGACUGUGCAAAAAGGGCGAGUGAAAGACAGGAAGGGCAUCAAAUGGGAAUUAAAAUGUGAUGUUUCAGCAAUCUUAUGUGGCUGCAUUUUUUUUUUUUUUUUUUUUUUUUUUUUUUUGCAACAGUGGUGACCGAUCGUUAAGUUAAAUGAGAAACAAGCAAAACUAUAUUCAAAAUGGUUGUUUAUUUGUAUGUUAGGGGGUCUAACACUUUGCCCUGUAGUCAAUGGUGAUAGAAAAAAUGUUUCUUUUUAUGUUUUAUUUUAAUAAUUAAAAAAGACAAUUUUUAACAAUUUUGUGAAUGGUGUAAAGGCCAUAUGAUGUAGUGCAUGAUUCAACUCCAAGUCUGGGAGUUGGGACCUUCAACUCUUCGUAUUUAAGAGAAAAAAACAACAUUAAAUAAACACAAAAAAAAAAAAAAGAAAGAAAAAAAUCAUGAAGUAAACUGAGAAGAAACAAAGUCAUGACAUUAUUUGCUAUGGUCAUUUGUCUCAGUGGGAAUGGUGUACAAACAGUAAGGCCUUAUGUGAGCUGUAUUAUAGUUAAUAAAUCAAUCUUGUAAUAUG